AUGACGUCCUUUGCAAACUCUAUUUAUCGGCUUUUACUUCCUUUGGAUGGUGCUCAUGCUGCCUUCUGUGAAAAAGUUGCUGCAGCUAUGUCCAAGGUCUUCAACAAUGCAUUGAAACAGGUAUUGCAGAGGUCUGUACUUCAAGAUUUUGUAGCUUAUCCUCAGAGCAAAGGCUCUCAGCUGAACAAAAGAGUAAAAAAAUAUCAAUCAUCUUCUGAUGGCGUCGCUCCUGAUCAUCGACCUACCAAUGCCUACACAAGAAACUAUCAGGAUGUGGAGGAGCUGAUGAGCCUACCACCUGAGAAAAUCUUGCUGAGGUGGAUGAAUUUUCAGCCAAAGAAAGUGGGAUACAAGAAAAUAGUCGCAAACUUCUCUUCAGAUGUGAAGUACUUUGUAAUCUCUGUUUAUUGGCUUUUACUUCCUUUGGAUGGUGCUCAAAUUGCUGCAGCUAUGUCUGUUGCAGAGGGUACUGCUCACAAAGGUCUUCAACAAUGCAUUGAAACAGCCAGGGUUGUGGCAUACCUCUUCCAUGUGCUUGAGGCUACAUUCACUGCGCUAGAAGAUCUUAACAAACAAGCCUUCUUGACUGAAUUGGAAGUGGAGAACAGGUUGCUGACUCGAUUUGAUGCAGCAUCACAGAGAAGAGAAUUGUCUACCAUGGCAGAGUGUCCUAAAAUUUUGUCUCAGUUCAACAAGGGUACUGGUGCCAUGCAACAUUAUAUUGGAUUAUGCCCAAUGUUUGACAUGGAGGCCAUGAAUGCAGACUCAAGAUUAGUUCUGGAUUACCAGCGUCCCCAACCUAGUUUGAAGUACUAUCCUUGA